CCCCAAGUUUCUCCAGAGACUGCUUGAAAAACCUUCUGCACUUGAGUCUUUCUGUGUCUCUCACAGCCUCCGACUGGGACCUCAGUCCAAAGGAUGUGGGAGUUGCGUUCCUUAGCCUUCUCUCGGGCUGUCUGUGCAGAAUUCUUGGCCACACUCCUCUUUGUCUUCUUUGGCCUGGGGUCAGCCCUCGACUGGCCUCAUGCACAGCCCUCUGGCUUGCAGAUCUCCCUGGCUUUUGGCUUGGCCAUUGGCACCCUGGUACAAACCUUGGGCCAUGUGAGCGGAGCCCAUAUUAACCCAGCGGUGACAGUAGCCUGUUUGGUGGGAUGCCACGUCUCCUUCCUCCGGGCUACCUUCUAUGUGGCUGCCCAGAUCCUGGGGGCUGUGGCUGGGGCUGCCCUUCUCCAUGAACUCACCCCAUCCGAUAUCCGGGGGAAUCUGGCCGUCAAUGCGCUCAAUAACAAUACAACUGCUGGCCAGGCUGUCACCGUGGAGCUCUUCUUGACCCUGCAGUUGGUUCUUUGUAUUUUUGCCUCCACUGAUGACCGUAGAGGGGACAACACUGGCUCUCCAGCCCUCUCCAUUGGCUUCUCAGUGGCCCUGGGCCACCUUCUGGGGAUCCACUAUACUGGCUGCUCCAUGAAUCCAGCCCGUUCUCUGGGCCCUGCAGUCAUCGUGGGCAAGUUUGAUGACCACUGGGUCUUCUGGAUUGGGCCUCUGAUUGGCGCCAUCUUGGGCUCCAUCAUCUACAAUUACCUCCUGUUCCCUCAUGCUAAAAGCCUCUCAGAAAGGCUGGCCACUCUGAAGGGAAAGGAGCCUGAUGUAGACUGGGAGGAAAGGGAGGUGAGGCGGAGGCAAUCUGUGGAACUCCACUCCCCCCAGAGCCUGCCUCGAGGCAGCAAAGCCUGAUGUGCCUCUCUCCCCCUCCCCACUCCCUAGCCCCACCUCUGGGGCAAAAAGAAUGAACUCUGGAGGUGUAGCAGCUGAGGGAGCCUGGAGCCACCCACCCACUGUGGACUGGAGGGGGUCUCCCAUCCACACACUACUGAGCCUCUCUUCCAUAUCCAGACAGGAGAUGACCUGCCUACAUCCGCAUCCUUCCCCCAGGAUGGGAUCAGCAACAGGUUCCUGUACAGUGGGUGACCCUUCUAGGCUACCUACUGGGGGGAAGGGGAGCAGCAGGUCCUGGAAGGUAGAAGAAGGAGGUCUGGGGCAAGGAAGGCCAUCAGCAGACAGAAGAAGGAGCUUGGGACAUUCCCUCCCUUGACCCUGGAAGGCAAAAGCAAUUCCCAGCUAGUUCUAGGACUCCCCCUGCUUUCCUUAAAAUGGCUCAGCACCCACAGAUCCACCGCCUCUCCUCACUUCUCCUGAGUGUUUAGAUCCCUUAAUGGAGCUAAGGGUGGUGGGGCACACGGACGUUAGCAGGGAGAGGCAGAAAACAUGUCUGCACGUGCCAAUGGGUUUGUGUAUCUGGGCUUGUACGUGUUGGUGUGUGCCGAUUACUUCUGUUUGUAUGUGCAAAGGCACGUGGCUUUGCUAGUAUGCGUGUUUGCAUGUGUGGAUGGAGCAUUCUGUGCGUAUCUAUUAGUGUGUGUGUGUGUGUGUGUGUGUGUGUGUGCAGGCAUUGUGGGGGCACACAGGAGUAAGUACCUGUUCUGUGUAUCUUCGAGACCCAGGUGUGAGUGGCUGCUUCUGGAAGCAUCUCUGGGUGGGCCUGAGCCAAGGGCCCCCUCCCUUUCCUUGACUCGCCCGCCUCCCCUGCUCUCUCCAGCUUCUUGCCCACCCUCUGACCACUGUCUCUGGGUUCACACUGAUCACCUGCAAUAAACCACAUUCCCCAGCCUA